CAAAAUGGCGGAUUACGAGACGGUUGGUGUUGGAGAUAUCAGUUUUUUGGUUCAGAAAACUGGCCUUUCUGACCCUUCACUGCGUCUGGUCAUAGGCUUACUUGCAGCAUACCCACUGUCCGUGUUCUACCGACUGGUCCUGUACAGAAAGAAUGCAAUAAUUCAACAUUUAUAUUUCAUAAUUUGUGGCCUGGCUCUUCUUAUCUUCAACUAUGGCUGGGGUGCCAAACAUUCUGUUAUCAACAUUUCCAUGGUUUAUCUUGUCCUUUUGGUUGGAGGGAGUCAGGCAGCUACAGUGCUCGCUGUAUUUGUACUCAACUUUACAUACCUGAUAACAGGGUAUAUGGUUAAUGCUACUGGUGGCUAUGAUGUCAACUGGACUACACCACAUUGUGUGUUGUGCUUGAGACUCAUUAGUUUGGCAUGGGAUUACUAUGAUGGAGGACAGGACCAGGAAACCUUGUCUGAAGACUACAAGAAGACAGCCCUGAACARACUUCCUUCCCUUCUUGAGGUAUUUGGUACCAGCUUUUUCAUGGGUGGAGUCUUGGUUGGCCCUUUGUUUCCUAUUAAACACUAUAUCCAACUGGUAGAGGGAAAACUGAUUGACAAAGAGGAUGACAAUAAUUCUUGUAUUGCAGCUGGUUUCAAACGUCUAUCAGCUGGGGUACUGUACCUUGGUCUUUAUGCAACCCUUGGUUCGUUUUUUCCAGAUGAAUAUCUGCUAUCUCAAGAUUUUAAGGUAAUAUGCUUAUUGUUUAAGACAAUCUUCAAUGGAGGAAUGCUUCAAUCUGUCCAUCUGUCCAUCCACCCAGCUGGCCAUCCAUCCGUCAGUCCAUCCCAUUCAUCCAUUGAAGGUAGCUGUAUAAUUCCCGGGCUGGCCUACAAUGGCAAGACGCCUCAAGGAGAGCUAACAUGGGAUGGAUUGAGGAAUAUCAAACUCUCUAUAUAUGAGGUUUCUUACACAUUCCAGCACAUUGUUGAAUGUUUUAAUAUUAACACUAAUAAGUGGGUGUUCAGGUACGUGUUCAAGCGUCUUCGUUUCCUAGGCAACAAGGAUCUGUCUCAUUUCCUGACCCUAAUGUUCCUGGCCGUUUGGCAUGGCUUGUUCCUUGGAUACUUCAUUAUUUACGCAAUGUGCAUAACAUUGUCCAAUAAGCGCUGGGCAGACAUGAGCAUUGCUCUCAGAGCAUUGGUUAUCGCCAUCUCUUGGCCAAUAAGAUUCUGUGGUUUUGGAUAUACUAUUAUUCCAUUUAACUUCUUGACGUGGGAUAAAAUGAACGAAGUUUUUUACACCACGUACUACACGGUUCCUGCCGUGCUUCUCGCUUGGUUUAUCUUGUAUCCCAUUGUUAUUCUACCAAUAUUCAAGGCAGUUAGUCGAAAGACAGGAGACAAAGAAAGACUCAAAAAGGCAGAAUAACUUAUAUCCAAGUUCUUGUGUAUCAUUCUUUGGUGUUUUUAAGUCAAAUUUACGACAUUUAAUUUGAGUACCACGGACAGUACUUCUAAUUUUGCGAAGGUACUAUUAGGAUAAUCAUAUAAAUAUAACGCUUUACUUACAGUGCUUUUUACUUCACCCGUGAAAUAGAUAUUAGAAUAAUACACAUUGGUAGACCCUAAUUCCACUGGGUUUUUUUUUUUUUUGUGUCUAUUUGACUAUUACACGUUGACUAGUAUUUUUUAUUUCACGGGUUAGAGUGAAGGCAUUUGACCCGUGAAAUAAAAAAUAAGGCGGUGAAGGCAUUUAACCCGUGGAAUAAAAACAAAUACUAGUCAACGUGUGAUAGUCAAAUAAACAAACGUCGAACUAACCAUGAGCUCAAUUUAGUCGAACCUAUUACAUUUGAAAUAGGCUCAAGCCUAGUACGACGUUUGCUGCAAUUGAGAACGGCCCUAUUGAAUAGGUUCGAGUCUAGCAUAAGUUCGAAAAGCCAAGUCGGACAUCACGACUCUGGAGCGCCUUUGCCGCUUUAAACAGGUGCCGAAUUAAAUUCAUAAAUUAUGCAAAAUAGUAAAUCAAUCAUGCCAGUCGCAUGACUUACACCAAAGCCGUGAAAACAAUCGCUCCCCAAACUCCCAAACUCUCAUUCCCCCCUGGCGAGCAUGCGCUAUACAAAGAUGAGUGAUGAAUGAGACCGAAGAGCUCUGGAUACGAAAAUAAAUUCAAAACUACCCAAACUGAACAUGUCCGCGUUUAGAAAGUCGUUGCCACGAGACGAGACUCUUGAGUCCUGUAGUUUUUGUUUUGACCAAAUGAAAUAUUUUUGCCUGGUUUGUGAGAUGCCGACCUGCAAUAAAUGUGCUGUAUUCGAGAGCAACGAAGAUGAGCUGGGAUGGGCGGCCGGCAAAAGCGUUGCGUAUUCUUGGUUUGCAAUCAAUCCCAAGAGAGCACAAUAACAAAAGGGAUGUCCGCCAUGUUGGAAGAUAUAAAAAAAGAAUUCAUUGAAAAAUCUUUUGUCAAAUUCUUCCAACAUGGCGGCUAUGACG